UUGUGUUACAUCUUUGCUUCUUAAGCAUUGAAAUCUCACCCUUUCUCGUAAAAUGGAUUCAUUGCGCAUGAAGCAAUUUUCAAUCCUCCUGUGGAAAAAUUUCCUUUUGAAGAGGCGGAAUGUGAUUGGCUUAGUGGUGGAGAUCCUCUUGAUAUUUCUGUUGUUUACAUGGACUUUGACUAUCCGCAGAAUUACAAAGAAGACAUUUUCUCAAGCUACAACUUUUUAUCCUAUUCCCCUAACAUUACCCAAGUUCAUUAAUAAAAAGUUUGAAUAUGAAUUGGCUUAUGUGCCUUCUGAGAGUCAUGCGGCAAGAAAUAUUACUGAGAUGGUGAAAAAGGACUUAAAUUUCAACUUUAAAGUUCGAGGCUUCUCUUCUGAAGAAUCUUUUGAGAAAUACAUUAAGUAUGAAAACAAGUCUGCAUAUGUGCUGGCUGCUAUUGUAUUUGAUCACGUGUUCAAAACCAACAAUGAACGCUUGCCACUUCAGGUAAAAUAUAAUUUGCGCUUUGGUCGUCUCUAUGAUAUUUAUAAUCCCUUAAAGCCAUACAAGGGCCAGGACAGAAAGGACUGGAACACAUCUGUUCUCUUCCCAUCUAUGCCUUCUCUAGGACCCCGGAACAUUAUGGAAAACGAUGGGGGACACCCUGGAUACAUCAGAGAAGGAUUUCUUAUAGUGCAGCAUUCUUUAGAUAAGGCCAUCAUGGUGUAUCAUAGUGGCAGAGCAGCUGAAGACAUGUUUGCGAAUGCCACCUUUUAUGCGAGGAGAUUCCCAUACCCUGCUUUCACUCUCGACAAUUUCUUGUGGACUUUCAUGCCUAUGUUUGCUUGGACAAUUUUAUUUACAUUUACCCAAAUGACACUUGUCGUUGUUGGGACCAUUAUGAUGGAAAAGGAAAAGAGAUUAAAGGAAUACCAGCUUGUGGUAGGACUCAGUAAUGCUAUGCUCUGGGUUUCCUAUUUCAUCACCUUCUUAGUGAUGUAUUUCAUUAUCAUCUGUUUGCUGUGUGGGAUUUUAUUUCUCAAGAUUACACAUGAGAGAGUCUUUCAACACAGUGAUCCAUUAUUCAUUGCCUUCUAUCUCCUGUGUUUUGCUGUCUCCUCGGUGUUACUUGGCUUCAUGAUCAGCACACUCUUUGAUAAAGCUUCUCUGGCCACUUCUAUUGCAGGUUUCCUCCACUUUCUCACGUUUUUCCCUUACCUAAUCGUAGUUUCGAUGUACAGUCAGAUAAGUUUCGGUGGGAAACUGGCUCUCAGUCUCAUCACAAACACAGCGCUAGCUUUUGGGGCUGACUUAAUAUGCAAGAUGGAAAUGAAAGGGCAUGGUGCUCAGUGGUACAACUUUGCUACAAAAAUAAGUGUCGAUGAUGACUUAACUUUGGCUCAUAUAAUAGGAAUGUUUUUAUUCAGUGCCUUUCUCUAUGGCCUUGUGGCCUGGUAUAUAGAUGCUGUCUUUCCAGGAAAGUAUGGUGUGCCCAAGCCAUGGAACUUUUUCUUACUGAAAACCUACUGGUUUGGAGAACCAGUCUUAAGCAAGGAAGAGAGCCAAGUCAGUGAUUUACCCUCAAGAAAAUUUAUUGAGCCUGACCCUGUUGGCUUAACAGCUGGCAUCCAGAUUCAACAUUUGUACAAGAAAUUCACCUUAAAAAAUAGUACCCUGAUGGCAGUAAAAGACUUGUCUUUGAACUUGUACGAGGGACAGAUAACCGUUCUUCUAGGACAUAAUGGGGCAGGAAAGACCACCACCUUGUCCAUUCUCACAGGUUUGUAUCUUCCUACCAGAGGAAAGGUCUUUAUUAGUGGAUAUGACAUCUCAUCUGACAUGGUUCAAGUUAGGAAAAGCUUGGGCUUGUGUCCCCAGGAUGAUCUGUUGUUCCCGAUGCUGACAGUGUUAGAACACCUUUAUUUCUACUAUGUGAUAAAAGGAAUACGUUCGAAGAAAAGAGCUAGAGAAAUUGAUGAGAUGCUCACUUCUUUUGACCUGCUAGAUAAAAGUAAUACUUUGUCAAAGGAUCUUAGUGGAGGAAUGAAGCGCAAACUCUCCAUCAUUAUAGCUCUUAUAGGGAAUACUAAGGUGGUAAUACUUGAUGAGCCAACGUCUGGCAUGGAUCCAGUCUCAAGGAGGACCACCUGGGACCUACUUCAGCAAUAUAAAGAGAACCGUACCAUCCUGCUGACCACACACCACAUGGAUGAAGCUGAUGUGCUGGGUGAUCGCAUUGCCAUCAUGGUCUCGGGGACCCUGCAGUGCUGUGGCUCUUCAUUUUUCCUGAAGAAAUUAUAUGGUGUGGGAUAUCACCUAGUUAUGGUGAAGACUCCUGAAUGUGAUGUUGAAAAAAUCUCCCAGCUGAUUAGGGAUCACAUACCAACUGCAGAGAUGGAGAUGAAUGUUGCAGCUGAAUUGUCAUUUAUCCUGCCGAAGGAGUACACACACAGGUUUGCAGAACUUUUCACAGACCUAGAAGAAAGACAAGAAGAGCUGGGCAUCAUUGGCUUUGGUGUCUCCAUGACUACCAUUGAUGAAGUUUUCUUCAAGGUCGGUAAUCCACCAGACUUGAAGUUGAGUACUGAGACUAUCGAGUCAGCUUCCUCAGGGGACCAAAGCAGGAAUGAAGAUAUCCAGAAUAUUAAUGUGCCCAGAAAUUUUGAUAGACCAGAUUACCUAAGAGGACUCUUUAAUUCUUCAUUCAAUACUGGGUGGGCUCUUUACAUCCAGCAGUUCAGAGCCAUGCUCAUCAAAAGGGCAAUGUACUCUUGGCGCAACUGGAAACAGCUAUUGUUGCAGUUGCUGACACUUCUGGGUCUCAUGUAUCUUCUGACAGAAGGCAUAAGCUUCCCAACACCAGAAAUGCCUGCCAGGGUGAUGGACCUGAAGCAGUACGGUGAGACCAUAGUGCCUUUCUCAAUUUCUGGAGAUCCUCAUUUGACCCAGAGUCUCACCAAAAAUCUUGAGAUCAUAUUAAAGGCUAAAAAACAAAAACUCCAUGAAGUGCAAGGUGAUGUGCAGAGCUACUUGGUGACAAAGAAAGAAUGCAUUUAUUCAUGCAUCAUUGCAUUUUCCCUUCAUGUUACUAGAGACAAGAAGACAUUUACCUUUUGGUUCAACAAUGAGGCAUACCAUUCAUCAUCAUUAUCCUUGUCAGUUUUAGACAAUAUUAUUUUUAUGUCUCUCUCUGGCGCUGAUGCUACCAUUACUGUUUCCAACAAGCCCCAGCCUCGACAAGUCAUUGAGAACAAAUAUAAGAAAAGACACAUACAAGGAUUUGAGAUUGUCCUUAACUUACUCUUUGGGAUGAGUAUUUUCACCAGUGGCUUUUGCCUUAUGACAGUGGCUGAGAGAGUUAGUAAAGCAAAGCACAUCCAGUUUGUGAGUGGAGUCUACACCUUUAAUUUUUGGCUCUCUGCUUUGCUGUGGGAUCUCACCAUUCAUUUUGUUGCCUGUGCCCUAUUGCUGCUGGUGUUCCUAAUCACUGAUAUACAUGUAUUGUUGGAGAAAUACCAUUUCCUGGACACGAUGUUCAUCCUCAUGCUGUUUGGAUGGUCUAUCAUCCCCUUCAUCUACCUGCUAAGCUUCUGGUACAACAAUAGCACCAGUGCCUAUAUCAAGAUUUUUGUCUUAAACCAAUGUUUAGGGUUUAUGAGUGUAAUUGUGGAUGCAGUGGUACAUAUCAUACCAG